CUCAACUCUCCCCACACUCUUUGCCUGGACAUGUCUUGAAAACUUGGAUCUUUCCCUCCCCCUUCCAGCCAAGCCUACUCAAGUUUAAAAACCGGAUGGGUUCAAUCCGGCAGGCGGCCAUUUGGAUAUGGAGAGAAGCGCUAGAUUUCCCGGGCGCUGGAAUACGCUGGGCAAAGUUGGCUUUUGAUUUUAUACGCAUCUCUUUUUGAUCAAAGUGUGCUGGAAUGGACUGAAACAAAAGGGAACUGGAUUUAGGGAAGAGAGCAACGUUGCAGCCAGCUGGCCUGGUUGGUUCUGGUGAAUUGCCAUCAUUUUGGAGAACCAUUUGAUGACCAUGUUGCUGCUGCUUUUGACGCUGCUUCUGCAGCAUUUUGGAAACUGUGAAGGAAAUACAAGACACUAUCGCACAUUGCCAAUGCAAUUCACUCAAGCUCAUUACAAUGCCACAGUGUACGAAAACUCUGCAGCCAAAACAUAUGUUGGACAUCCAGUAAAAAUGGGCAUUUAUAUCACAAACUCACAGUGGGAUAUAAAAUACAAAAUAAUUUCUGGGGACAAUGAGAACUUGUUCAAAGCUGAAGAGCAUAUUAUGGGAGACUUUUGCUUUUUGAGAAUACGGACCAAGGGAGGAAAUACAGCUAUACUUAACAGAGAAGUAAAAGACCAUUACGUACUAACUGUCAAAGCAAUAGAGAAGAACACAAAUGCAGAAGCUCGCACAAAAGUCAGAGUGCAAGUACUGGAUACAAAUGACUUAAGGCCUUUGUUUUCUCCAACUUCAUACAGUGUUUCAUUGCCUGAGAAUACAGCAAUAAGAACCAGCAUUGCCAGAGUCAGUGCAACAGAUGCAGAUAUUGGAACUAAUGGGGAGUUUUAUUACAGUUUUAAAGAAAGGACAGAUGUGUUUGCUAUACAUCCGACCAGUGGUGUAGUAGUUCUGACUGGCAGACUUGACUAUUUGGAAACACAAGUUUAUGAAAUGGAAAUCCUUGCUGUGGAUCGUGGAAUGAAAUUGUACGGUAGCAGUGGUAUCAGUAGUAUGGCAAGAUUGACUGUUCAUAUAGAGCAAGCUAAUGAACAUGCUCCUAUCAUUAUGGCCCUUGCUUUGGCUCCUUCAGAGUUGGAUAAGGAUCCAGCAUAUGCUCUUGUUACUGUUGAAGAUAGGGAUCAGGGUUCAAAUGGGGAGGUAGCAUCUGUAAGCAUUGUGGCAGGUGAUCCACUUCAGCUGUUCAAAGCUGUGAGGACUUUUCCAGGAGGAAAAGAAUAUAAAAUCAAAGCUGUUGGCAGUAUUGAUUGGGAGAGCCAACCAUUUGGCUAUAAUCUCACUCUGCAGGCUAAAGAUAAAGGAACUCCACCAAAGUUUUCUUCUGUAAAAGUAAUCCAUGUGGCAUCUCCCCAGUUUAGAUCUGGACCAGUAAGAUUUGAAAAAGAUCUUUAUAAAGCAGAAAUGAGUGAAUUUGCUCCACCAAACACCCCUGUGGUUAUGGUAAAAACCUUUCCUACAUACCCCCACUUAAAAUAUGUGUUUAAAAAUACACUCAGCAAAACUAGAUUUAGUUUGAAUCCUCAUACUGGCCUUAUCACUACUAUAGAUCCCUUAAAAGCAGAGCAUGCAUCCUAUUUUGAAUUUGACAUCAUGACAAGUGAUAGAAAAGCAUCUACAAAAGUAUUGAUUAAAGUCAUAGAUGUGAAUACUCAUUCCCCUGAAUUUACCCAGACGUCGUAUAAAGCUUCAUUUGAUGAAAAUGUUCCUAUAGGCACGAGUGUCAUGAGUGUCAGUGCAAAAGAUGUUGAUGGAGGUGAAAGUGGCUAUGUGACAUAUAGCAUUGCAAACUUAAAUCCUAUUCCUUUUGUGAUAAACCACUUCACUGGUGUCCUCAGUACCUCUGAAAACAUGGAUUAUGAAUUGAUGCCGAGAAUCUAUAAACUUAGGAUUCGAGCUUCUGACUGGGGCACACCGUAUCGUCGAGAAGUUGAAGUUCCAGUUACUAUAGUUCUAAAUAAUUUGAAUGAUAACACUCCACUAUUUGAGAAAAUAAAUUGUGAGGGAACAGUUCCAAGGGAACUUGGUGUUGGAGAACAAAUAACAACAGUAUCUGCUAUUGAUGCUGAUGAGCUCCAGUUGGUACAGUACCAAAUUGAAUCUGGAAAUGAAUUAGAUUUAUUUAGUUUAAAUCCAAACUCUGGUGUGCUUUCCCUGAAACAAUCAUUGGUAGAUGGUUUAGGUGCAAAAGCAUCUUUUCACAGCUUGAGAGUAACAGCUACAGAUGGAGAGAACUUUGCAACACCUUUAUAUAUUAAUAUUACUCUAGUUGCCAGCCGCAAGCCAGUAAACUUACAAUGUGAAGAGACUGGUGUUGCUAAAAUGCUGGCAGAGAAACUCCUGCAAGCAAAUAAGCUUCAUGGCCGUACUGAAAUUGAGGAUGCCUUUUUGGAUACCCACUCUGUGAACCUGCAUACACCUCAGUUUGGAAGCAGUCUUCCCAGUAGCAUUGAAAUAAAAGAAGAUCAGCUAGUAGGUUCCAGCAUCCUACUUAUGAAUGCUACUGAUUUUGAUACAGGUUUCAAUGGAAAGUUGGUCUAUGCUAUCUCUGGAGGCAAUAACGAUAGCAGCUUUAUCAUUGGUAUGGAGACAGGAAUGUUAAAAAUUUUAUCUCCCCUUGACCGAGAAGUAAAAGACAAAUAUACAUUGAAUGUUACUGUUUAUGACCUUGGAAUACCACAGAAGUCUGCCUGGCGUCUCUUAGAUAUCAGCAUUUUAGACGCCAAUGACAACUGUCCAGAAUUCUUACAGGACAGUUACUUUGUUGAAGUGAAUGAAAACCAAGACCUAAAUGCAGAAAUAAUUCAAAUAGAAGCCAGAGAUAAUGAUUUGGGGACUAAUAAGGAAGUGCGAUAUUCGUUUAUCACAGAUACAGAUAAGUUUUCUAUUGAUAGUGUGACGGGUGUUGUUAAAGUUGUAGGAUCUCUGGAUCGUGAAGUUCAGCCUGUUCAUUUCCUGAAAAUAGAGGCUAGGGACCAAGCUGAAGAAGAACCUCAGUUGUCUUCAACUGUACUUCUGAAGGUAUCUUUAGAAGAUGUCAAUGAUACUCCUCCUAAAUUUAUUCCAUCAAGUUAUCAUGUGAAAAUUCGAGAGGACCUUCCAGAAGGAACAAUUAUCACAUGGCUAGAAGCCUAUGAUCCUGACCUGGGCCAGUCAAGUCAAGUACGAUACAGCCUUUUAGAUGGCGGGGAUGGAAGUUUUGAUGUAGACAAGCUCAGUGGAGCAAUUCGUGUUGUACAAAACCUGGAUUUUGAGAGGAAACAAAUGUAUAAUCUAACUGUUCGGGCCAAAGACAAAGGAAAGCCCAUUUCAUUGUCUUCUACCUGUUACGUUGAGAUUGAAGUUAUCGACGUAAAUGAAAAUCUCCACCCUCCACGUUUUCCAAACUUUGUGGAUAGAGGUUUUGUAAAUGAAAAUGUUCCUGUUGGUACUUCAGUGAUGACUGUGUCUGCUUAUGAUGAGGAUACAGGAAGAGAUGGUGAAAUUAGAUACUCAAUAAGGGAUGGAUCUGGUGUUGGAGUUUUCAGAAUAGAUCAACAAAAAGGUACAAUAGAAACCGUGGAUUUGCUUGACCGUGAGACUACUUCUCAUUACUGGCUAACUGUUUAUGCAACAGACCAAGGAGUUGUGCCUCUGUCUUCCUUCAUUGAGAUCUACAUAGAAAUUGAGGAUGUUAAUGAUAAUGCUCCACAGACUACUCAGCCUGUUUAUUACCCAGAAAUCAUGGAAAAUUCACCUAAGGAUAUGUCAGUCAUUCAGAUUGAGGCAUAUGAUGCAGACUCGAGCACUAAUGACAAGUUGACCUACAAGAUUACUAGUGGAAACCCACAGGGAUUCUUUUUCAUGAACCCCAAAACUGGUCUAAUUACGACGACGUCAAGAAAACUUGACCGAGAACAGCAAGCAGAACACAUAUUAGAGGUAAUGGUUGCAGACAAUGGUACACCAGCAAAAACAACCCUUGCCCGGGUUAUUGUGAAGAUCUUAGAUGAAAAUGACAAUAGACCCCAAUUCCUACAAAAGUUCUACAAGAUCAAAUUGCCAGAACGUGAGAAACCAGAGAGAGAAAGGACUGCCAGAAGGGAUCCUGUCUACCGUGUUGUAGCAGCUGAUAAAGAUGAAGGGCCCAAUGCAGAAAUAUCUUAUAGCAUUGAGGAUGGUGAUGAGCAUGGCACAUUUUUUAUUGAACCAAAAACUGGAGUAGUCUCCUCUAAAAAGUAUUCUGGAGCAGGAGAAUAUGACAUUCUCACAAUCAAAGCUGUAGAUAAUGGUCGCCCACAAAAGUCAUCAACAACUCGCCUUCAUAUAGAAUGGAUCCCAAAGCCCAGUCCAUCUCUUGAACCCAUUUCUUUUGAAGAGUCAUUUUUCUCUUUUACCGUAAUGGAGAGCGAUCCAGUAGCUCACAUGAUUGGUGUAAUAGCUGUUGAGCCACUUGGCACUCCGCUCUGGUUUGAAAUUACAGGAGACAAGCUUGCUAGUGACGUUUUUUACAUCUUUCAGAUGGCUUGUGACCUGAACUGUACAGCAGAAGGUGGCAACUAUGACAGUCGCUUUGAUGUGGACAAGGGCACUGGAACCAUCAUUGUCGCUAGACCUCUUGAUGCAGAACAGAAAUCAAAUUACAACCUGACAGUAGAAGCAACAGAUGGAACUAGGACUAUUGGCACACAGGUAUACAUUAAGGUAAUAGACACAAAUGAUCACAGGCCUGAGUUUUCUACAUCAGAGUACCAAAUCAUUAUACCAGAGGACACAGUGCCAGAAACAGAAAUUUUGCAAGUCAGUGCCUCAGACAGGGAUGAGAAGAAUAAAUUAAUUUAUACUAUGCAGAACAGCAUCGAUCCCAUCAGCCUUAAAAAAUUUCGUCUUGAUCCUGCAACUGGAUCUCUUUAUACUUCUGAAACAUUGGAUCAUGAGAUCAUUCAUCAGCAUGUUCUCACUGUGAUGGUACGAGAUCAAGAUGUUCCUGUGAAGCGCAACUUUGCUAGAAUCAUUAUUAAUGUAAGUGACAUAAAUGAUCAUGCACCAUGGUUCACAAGUUCUUCCUAUGAAGGACGGGUCUACGAGUCAGCAGCUGUUGGAUCAGUUGUUCUCCAAGUUACAGCACUGGACAAAGACAAAGGGGAAAAUGCAGAAAUUGUGUACUCCAUAGAAUCAGGAAAUAUCGGAAAUGCUUUUAAUGUACAUCCUAUCUUGGGCAGUAUUACCACUGCAAAGGAAUUAGACCGCAGCAAUCAGAAGGAGUACACUUUGAUGGUGAAAGCUGCAGAUAAAGGAACCCUUCCGAUGAGUGAAGUGACAUCUGUGCACAUUUCUGUCACAAUCUCUGAUAAUGCAUCACCAAAAUUCACAAAGAAAGAAUACUCUACAGAAAUCAGUGAAGGCAGCAGCAUUGGCAGUUUCAUUGAAAUGGUUACUGCAUACAGCCAGUCAUCUGUAGUUUAUGAGAUAAAAGAUGGGAAUAUAGAUAAUGUGUUCACUAUCAACCCAAAUUCUGGUGUCAUUACCUCUCAGAAGAUACUUGAUUUUGAAUCGUUGCCUUUUUAUACUCUGAUUGUUCAGGGAACCAACAUGGCUGGCCAGUCUACUAACACUACUGUAUUGGUGCACCUUCAAGAUGAGAAUGAUAAUGCACCAACUUUUACACAAGCACAAUACAUAGGACUCAUCAGUGAAUCGGCUUCAAUUAACAGUGUGGUUCUAACAGACAAGAAUGUCCCAUUAGUGAUACGAGCUACAGAUGCUGACAAAGAAUCAAAUGCUUUGCUUGUCUAUCAGAUUGUUGAGCCAUCUGCCCACAAGUAUUUUGCCAUUGAUUCUAGUACGGGUGCCAUUCGUACAGUAAUGAACUUGGACUAUGAAGAAACAAAUAUAUUUCGUUUUUCUGUGCAGGUGCAUGAUAUGGGGAUGCCACGCUUAUUUGCAGAAUAUGCAGCUAACGUUACAAUGUAUGUAAUCGACAUCAAUGAUUGUCCUCCUGUGUUUUCUAAAGACUUGUAUGAGGCAACCCUUUUGGUGCCAACCUAUAAAGGAGUGAAAGUUGUUAUGGUAAAUGCUACAGAUGCCGAUUCAGGAGCCUUUUCACAGCUAAUGUAUUCUAUCACUGAAGGCAAUAUUGGUGAAAAAUUUUCAAUAGAUUCCAAGACUGGAUGGAUAACUGUACAAAAUACAACUCAGUUAAGAAGCAGAUACGAACUGACAGUCAGAGCAUCGGAUGGCAGGUUUGCAAGCACUGCAUCUGUAAAAGUUAAUGUGAAGGAGAGCAAAGCGAGCCAGCUAAAGUUCACACAGAGUUCCUACAAUGCUGUAGUUCAAGAGAAUUCCACAGAGGCCAAAACAAUAGCUGUUGUCAAUGCUAUAGGGAGUCAAAUAAAUGAACCUUUGUUUUAUCAUAUUCUAAACCCAGACAGUAGAUUUAAAAUUAGCUACACUUCAGGAGUUCUUACAACCACUGGAAUACCAUUUGAUCGUGAAUUGCAGGAGUCUUUUGAUAUUGUGGUUGAAGUGAAAGCUGAGCAUAAACCAUUUGUAAUUGCACAUGUCGUAGUAAAGGUCACUGUGGAGGACAUAAAUGAUAAUGCCCCUGUUUUUGUCAAUCUUCCAUAUUAUGCCACUGUUAAAAUAGACACUGAAGUGGGCCAAGUGAUUCACCACGUCACUGCUGUAGAUAAAGAUACUGGUAGAAAUGGAGAAGUUCACUAUUACCUCAAAGAACAAUAUGACCACUUUCAAAUGGGAUCCAGUGGUGAAAUCUCACUCAAGAAGCAGUUUGAUCCUGACACGCUAAACAGAGAAUAUCUUCUCAUUGUGGUAGCAAAGGAUGGAGGAGAACCAAGUUUUUCUGCUGAAGUGACAGUCGCAAUCACGGUUGUGAAUAAAGCCAUGCCAGUGUUUGAAAAACCAUUCUAUAGCGCAGAGAUACCAGAAAACAUCCAGGUCCAUAGUCCUGUUAUCCAUGUACAAGCAAAUAGCCCAGAAGGACUCAAAGUGUUUUAUAGUAUCACAGAUGGUGACCCUUUCAAUCAGUUUUCUAUCAACUUUAAUACAGGAGUGAUCAAUAUUUUCGCCCCUCUAGAUUUUGAAGCCCACCCUGCCUAUAAGUUAAGCAUACGUGCAACUGAUUCCCUGACUGGGGCCCAUGCUGAAGUGUUUGUUGACAUAAUAAUUGAAGACAUCAAUGAUAAUCCUCCUCUCUUUACAGAGCAAUUUUAUGCUGCUACCCUUUCUGAGGCAUCGGUAAUUGGAACAUCUGUUGUACGUGUCGGGGCUAUAGAUGCUGAUUCUGAAGUAAACAGAGGGAUUUUUUAUCACUUGGUAGAAAACCACAAGAACCAUGAUUAUUUCCACAUAGAUAGUAGCACUGGGCUCAUUUUGACAGCAAGGGCUUUGGAUUAUGAAAAGACUCAGCAGCACACAUUGCUAGUAAGAGCAAUAGACAGUGGAAUGCCUCCACUGAGCAGUGACAUUAUUGUAACCGUUGAUAUAACAGAUCUGAAUGAUAACCCACCAGUAUUUAACCAGCUGCUUUAUGAAGCUAACGUCAGUGAACUGGCUCCCCGUGGACACUUUGUGACUUGCGUAAAGGCUUCAGAUGCAGACAGUUCAGAUGCAGAUAAGCUAGAGUAUUCCAUAUUAACUGGCAACGAUCACAUGAAUUUUGCAAUUAACAGAAAAACGGGGGUUAUCACCCUCUCAAACCUACACAAACAGUCCAUGAAACCUAUUUACAGUCUUAAUGUAUCUGUUUCUGAUGGGGUCUUCAGAAGUUCAACUCAGGUUCUAAUAACUGUAAUCGGAGCCAAUUUGCACAGCCCCAUUUUCAGUCAGAAUGAAUAUGAGGUAGAACUAGCUGAGACUGCUCCAUUGCAUACUCUGGUGACAGGAGUUAAAGCAACAGAUAAAGAUACUGGUAGCUAUGGCCACAUCACAUACCACAUUGUGAAUGAUUUUGCAAAAGAUAGGUUUUAUAUUAACGAGAGAGGGCAAAUAUUUACGUCAGAAAAGCUUGAUCGUGAGACUCAAGCUGAAAAAGUAAUCUUCAUUAGGUUAAUGGCCAAGGAUUCCGGAGGAAAAGUGGCAUUCUGCAGUGUCAAUGUAAUACUUACUGAUGUCAAUGAUAAUGCCCCAUUGUUCAGAGCAACUGAGUAUGAAGUAAAUAUUGGCUCUGAUGUUCCAAAAGGUACAUCUGUCAUUAAAGUUUUAGCUUCUGAUGCUGAUGAGGGCACCAAUGCUGACAUCACUUAUAUAAUUGAAGCCGAUUCAGAAAACGUUCAAGAAAAUUUAGAAAUUGAUAAUUUGACUGGUGUAAUAACCACAAAAGAAAGUUUAAUUGGUUUAGAAAAUGAGUUUCUCAUUUUCUUUGUUAGAGCACUGGAUGGUGGAUCCCCACAAAAGGAAUCCAUCGUUCCUCUCCAUGUUCGAAUACUCCCUCCUGAAGUUCCUCUUCCAAAAUUUUCAGAGCCUUUUUAUUCUUAUACUCUUUCUGAAGACAUUCCUAUUGGGACGGAGAUUGAUAUUAUACGAGCAGAACAUGCCACUCAGAACUUGCUAUACAAUCUAGUUAAAGGGAAUACACCUGAAAGCAACAGAGGUGAAUAUUUUGUGAUAGACAAGCAGAAUGGAAAGCUGAAACUUGAGAAGAACCUUGAUCACGAGACAACUAAGUGGUACCAGUUUGCAGUCCUAGCACACUAUAUGAAUGGAGAUUACAAAGUUGUUUCUUCAGUAGACAUAAGCAUUCAAAUAAAAGAUGCAAAUGACAAUAAACCUAUUUUAGAGUCCAAUCCAUACGAAGCAUAUAUUGUGGAAAACAUGCCAGCAGGGACAAAAGUCAUUCAAGUAAAAGCAGUUGACCAGGAUUCUGGAGUCAAUGGACAGGUUACUUACAGGUUAGAACCAACACAAGAUAGUGAUAUCACAGAAUAUUUCGCUAUUAACACAGAAACAGGCUGGAUUACCACUCUGAAAGAGCUUGACCAUGAGAAGCAGCACAAAUACAGAAUUACCGUGGUUGCAUCUGACCGUGGUGAAAAAACUCAAUUUUCUUCUUCUGCAGUCGUUGAAGUUUCUGUAACUGAUGUAAAUGACAACCCUCCUCGUUUCACUGCAGAGAUUUACAAAGGAACAGUCAGUGAAGAUGAUCCAGUUGGAGGAGUAGUUGCUAUUUUAAGCACCACUGAUGCUGAUUCAGAAGAAGCUAACAAGUGUGUCAACUAUUUCAUUACAGGAGGUGAUCCACUGGGACAAUUCGCUAUCGAAAAUAUACAGAAUGAAUGGAAAGUGUAUGUCAGAAAGCCUCUGGACAGAGAAGUACAAGAUAAUUAUCUUCUAAAUAUCACAGCUAGUGAUGGGAUGUUUGCAACAAAAGCUGUGGUGGAGGUUAAAGUCCUUGAUUCGAAUGAUAAUAGCCCUGUUUGUGAAAAGGUAUUGUAUACUGAGGCAAUUCCAGAAGAUUCCUUUCCUGGCAAACUCAUCAUGCAAGUCUCAGCCACAGAUGUAGAUAUUCGUUCCAAUGCAGAAAUAACUUAUACAUUGCAUGGUGCUGGAGCAGAAGACUUCAGGCUCACUCCAGACACAGGUGAGCUGAAAACUUUAGCAGUGCUUGACCGUGAACAGAAAGCAGUUUAUACUCUUAUGAUCAGGGCUUCAGAUGGAGGAGGAAGGUUUUGCCAGGCUAAUAUUAUUCUCAAUAUAGAAGAUACAAAUGAUAAUGCCCCAGAAUUUACAGCGGAUCCAUACUCCAUCACAGUAUUUGAAAACACAGAACUGAAAACUCUGUUGGCAAGAGUGCAGGCUACAGAUGCAGAUGCAGGGCUAAAUCGGAAGAUUCACUAUUCCCUGGUAAACUCUGCAAAUGGUCAGUUUUCUAUUGAUGAAUUCUCUGGGAUUGUUCGGUUAGAAAAGCCUUUGGAUCGGGAGUUACAGGCAGUAUAUACUUUGACAGUGAAAGCGGAAGAUCAAGGUUCCCCUAGAAGACUAUCUUCUGCUGGUACUCUUGUGGUUUCUGUUCUGGAUAUAAAUGAUAAUCCACCUGUCUUUGAGUAUAAAGAAUACAGCACAACUGUCUCAGAAGACACAGUGAUUGGAAUGGAGGUUCUUCAGGUCUAUGCUGCUAGCCGGGACAUUGAAGCCAAUGCUGAAAUCAGUUAUUCUAUCAUCAGUGGAAAUGAACAUGGAAAAUUCAGCAUUGAUUCGAAAACAGGUGCUAUUUUUAUUAUUGGAAGCCUUGAUUAUGAAAGCUCCCCAGAAUAUUAUUUGACAGUGGAAGCCACAGAUGGAGGAACACCAUCCCUGAGUGAUGUUGUAACAGUAAAUAUAAAUGUAACAGAUAUCAAUGACAACACUCCAGUAUUCAGUCAAGAAACUUAUACAGCAGUGAUCAGUGAAGAUGCUGAGGUUGAACAAGCAGUUAUUACAGUUAUGGCAGCUGAUGCUGAUGGGCCUUCAAACAACCAUAUUCGCUACUCAAUAAUAGAUGGCAACCAAGGGAACCCGUUUACAAUUGACCCUACCUUGGGUGAAAUAAAAGUGGCUAAACUUCUUGACAGAGAAAAGAUCUCAGGUUAUACUCUGACAGUUCAGGCAUCAGAUAAUGGGAACCCACCAAGACUCAACACAACUGCAGUCAAUAUUGAUGUGUCUGAUAUAAAUGACAACCCACCCGUCUUCUCAAAGGGAAACUAUAGUAUUAUCAUCCAGGAAAAUAAGCCUAUUGGGUUUAGCAUCCAGCAGCUGGUAGUUACAGACAAGGAUUCUUCCCACAAUGGACCGCCUUUCUUUUUCGCUCUUGUAAGUGGAAAUGAAGAUAAUGCUUUUGAGAUUAACCAGCAAGGAGUCCUUACAACUGCUAUUCAACUAAAACGCAAAGUGAAGGAUCAUUAUUUUCUUCAUAUUAAGGUGACUGAUAAUGGAAGACCUCAGUUGUCUUCUGUGACUAAUGUUGACAUUAGAGUUAUUGAGGAAAGCAUUCACCUUCCAGCAAUUCUGCCUUUAGAAAUCUUCAUCACAACCUUUGAGGAAGAAUAUUCAGGUGGUGUCAUUGGGAAAGUACAUGCAACUGAUCAAGACGUUUAUGACACUUUAACAUAUAGUCUGGAUCCCAAUGUGGAAUCACAGUUCUCUGUCUCUAGCACAGGUGGCAAGCUAAUUGCUCACAAAAGACUAGACGUAGGGCAAUACCUCCUGAAUGUCACUGUUACAGAUGGAAAGUUUACUACUGCAGCUAUCAUUCCAGUACAUAUCAGACAAAUCACACAGGAAUUACUGAACCACAGCAUAGCUAUCCGUUUUGCCAACCUUGCCCCAGAGGAAUUUAUUGGUGACUAUUGGCGCAAUUUCCAAAGAGCUUUAAGGAACAUCUUGGGUGUCAGAAGAAACGACAUACAGAUUAUUAGUUUGCAACCUUCUGAUCCUCCAUCAAACCUUGAUGUGCUGCUGUUUGUUGAGAAGUCUGGUAGCUCUCACCAUCCAACCAGAGCCCUGCUUCACAAGAUAAAUUCCUCUGUGGCUGACCUUGAAGAGAUCUUAGGUGUACAGAUACUCAACAUUUUCCACAAGCUGUGUUUGGGCCUGGAUUGUCCAUGGAAGUUUUGUGAAGAAAAAGUGACUGUGGAUGAAAACAUCAUGUCAACCCACAGCACAGCCAGGUUGAGUUUUGUCACACCACAUCACCAGAGAACAGCAGUUUGUCUUUGCAAAGAAGGAAGAUGCCCCCUUGUGACCAGUGUAUGUGAGGGAAACCCGUGCCCUGAAGGUACUGAAUGUAUAGCAGAUCACAGAGAAGGAAAGCACACUUGUGUUUGUCAUGGAAGCAAUACCGCCCAAUGUCCUGCAUCAGUUGGGCCAUCAGUAACUUUUACUGGAAAUAGCUAUGUUAAGUAUCGCCUUAUGGAAAAUGAAAACAAGGAAGAGAUGAAGCUUACAAUGAGGCUUAGAACAUAUUCUGCUCAUGCAGUUGUCAUGUAUGCCCGAGGAACGGACUAUAGUAUUUUAGAGAUCCACCAUGGGAAACUGCAGUAUAAAUUUGACUGUGGAAGUGGUCCUGGAAUUGUGUCCGUGCAGAGCAUUCAGAUCAAUGACGGCCAGUGGCAUUCAGUGUCUCUUGAAGUUGAUGGAAACUAUGCCAAGUUGAUUUUAGACAGGGUACACACUGCAUCUGGCAUUGCUCCUGGUACUCUAAGGACCCUGAACUUAGAUAACUAUGUAUUCUUUGGUGGUCACAUUCGGCAGCAGGGCACAAGGCAUGGAAGGAGCCCACAGGUCAGCAAUGGCUUCAGAGGCUGUAUGGAUUCCAUUGUGCUUAAUGGUCAAGAAUUGCCCCUCAACAGCAAACCACGGACUUAUGCUCACAUGGAAGAAUCUGUGGAUGUCUCUCCUGGAUGUUUACUGACUACUGUAGAGGAUUGUUCGAGUAGUCCAUGCCAAAAUGGGGGCAUUUGUAAUCCACUACCUAAUGGAGGUUAUUAUUGUAAGUGUGCAGCUUUAUUUAUGGGCACACACUGUGAUGUAAGUGUCAACCCAUGUGCUUCCAAUCCUUGCCUUUAUGGUGGUACAUGCAUUCCUGUCAACAAUGAUUUCAUCUGUCAGUGUAGAGGACUAUAUACCGGCCAAAGGUGUCAGAUUGGUCCAUAUUGCAAAGACAACCCAUGCAAAAACAGUGGCAAGUGUAUUGAUAGCUUAGAUGGACCUGUUUGUGAAUGUGAGGCAGGUUUUCAUGGAGAAAGGUGCCUGACUGAUGUUGAUGAAUGCGUAGAAAGCCCAUGUAAAAAUGGUGCCCUCUGUGAGAAUACAUAUGGCGCAUAUAACUGUAAUUGUAGCCAUGGAUUUGGAGGAAAAGAUUGCGCUGAGAUUCUUAAUGAAUAUGUUUCAACCCCUUGGAACAUUAGCUUAGCAGAAGUCAUUGGAAUUAUUAUUUUCAUAGCAGGAGUCUUUGUACUGGUUGCUAUUUUCGUUUUUUGUCGUCAAGUAAUCAGGAAGAAGAAGAAAAGCCAGCCACAACCUGAAGACAAACAUCUAGGAACAACAACAGCUUUCUUGCAAAGACCAUACUUUGACUCAAAACUGAAUAAGAACAUUUAUUCUGACGUUCCACCCCAGGUGCCGGUUCGUCCCAUUUCAUAUACUCCAAGCAUUCCAAGUGACUCAAGGAACAAUCUGGAUAGGAAUUCUUUUGAGGGGUCCACUAUUCCAGAGCACCCAGAGUUUAGUACUUUUAAUCCAGAUUCUGUUCAUGGCCAUAGGAAAGCAGUGGCUGUCUGCAGCGUAGCCCCUAAUUUGCCUCCCCCACCUCCUUCGAACUCUCCAUCAGACAGUGACUCAAUUCAGAAGCCCAGCUGGGACUUUGACUAUGACACUAAAGUUGUAGAUCUUGAUUCCUGCCUUUCAAAGAAGCCUCUGGAAGAAAAGAUCUCUCAGCCAUACAAUGCUAGAGAGAGUAUAUCUGAAGUCCAGUCCCUUAGCUCAUUCCAGUCAGAAUCGUGUGAUGAUAACGCUUCCCUAGUGACUGUAAUACACCUUGUCAAUGCUGUUGUUGACUCGGUGGGAAAAGAAGAGUCUUUUGCUGUUCCUGACCCGAGCAAUUCAAGAGGCUAUCACUGGGAUACUUCCGACUGGAUGCCAAGUGUCCAACUGCCUGGCAUACAGGAGUAUCCAAAUUACGAGGUAGUUGAAGAGCCAGCACCCCUGUACACAGAUCCAAAUUCCAUUGAUGCCGACUACUACCCUGGAGGCUAUGACAUUGAAAGUGACUUUCCACCUCCACCAGACGACUUCCCAGUGCCUGAUGACCUUCCACCAUUACCACCAGAGUACAGUGAUCAGUUCGGCUCACUACAGCAGCCCAGGGACAUGUCUGCUGUAGGUAGUUUGGGGUCCUCUGCGAGGCAAAGGUUUAAUCUCAAUCAGUAUCUUCCCCAUCACUAUCCUUCGGACGUGUCAGAACUUCAGAACACAACCAGUGGCAUCUCUCGCAAUUAUCGAGAACCCUAUCCUCCUUACACUGUAGGGUACAAUAGAGACUUUGAAGCCCCCCCUGUAGACAACAUGUCCAUGUCUGUGUACGCUUCCACGGCUUCAUGCUCUGAUGUGUCAGCAUGCUGUGAAAUGGAGUCUGAGGUCAUGAUGAGUGACUAUGAAAGUGGAGAUGACGGACAUUUUGAAGAUGUGAUCAUUCCUCCACUCGAUCCUCAGCAGCACACAGAAGUCUGACACUCUUCCUCAAUAAAAAGUGCCUGGAUGUUAAUGAACUAAAAAAGGAUUCUUGAGCAAUCUUGGAGAGCUUAUUUUUCUCGGUGGCAGUGCUUGAGCGCUUUUGUUUCAGUGAGCUAAAACUGGCAUGGCUGCACUGGAUCAUGCAGCUCAUUUCAAUAUAUUAACCAAUUUUCCAUUUCCUGACCUCCUGCAGUUUGACUGAUCACACAUUUCCCAUUGGCUGUGCCAUUGAAAGUGUUUUUUGUAAUUACAUUGUCUGUGUUAAAGAAACAAAGCAGAACACGUACCACAUUCAUCAUUUUAGCAUGAUAAAUGUAUUUAUAUAGUUCAAAAGCGAAUCUUUUUUUCUUAUCUCUUUUUGUAAAUUUUAUGUACAGUUUUGAUUUCAAUAAUUUUAACUAGAUUUUGUAGAUACUUUGCAAAUUUGAUUUCCACUUAUUCUAGUGGUGUUUAGUGUGCCGUUAAACCAGCACAACCUGAGUUUUAUUACAUUCAGGAAUCCACUGUAUUAUGUUUGUUUCCACAGAAGUUUGACAUUUCAUUUAUAGAUUUUAAUGUAAUCAUGCAUUUCCAAGUGUACAUAAUUUCCAGUUGUAAAAGUUAUCUGAUAUUUUCUGGGCAAGGAUCAUGGAAAUGUCUUACAUGGGUUUCUGUAGAACAGUAUACAUUUUUCCUUUCUUGAAAAGUGUGUUGGGGCCCACUGCUUCCCCGUUUAGAACCAAAAUCACCUUGGCACAGUUUUUAUAGUGUCUGUAUAUUUGUGAUGCAAUGGUCUUGUAAAGGUUUUUACCGAAAUCUACCAUUAGCCAGUCUUUCUUACUGACAAUAAAUUAUUAAUAAAAUACUUUAGCUUUG